CUUUCCUUUGAUCUCCAGCUUCCUUUUAGCAGUAUUUGCUUAGUGAGACUAUUCUGUAGUUUGCAGAAGCAUAACGGCAACAACGAUCAUCUCCUGAUCCAUUUUAUUUGGAGAUCUGAAAGAAGAGCAAAGAUCUGCCGCUGCUCUCUGAUCUGCAAUCAGAUGGCGGUGUCACUAACAGUGGUAGGGGGAUGGUUCGCGCAGGCCUUCAUCCAGACCUUGAUCGAUAAGGCCAGCGACAAAGCCAUCCAACUGUUUGCCGAACGCCGGGGUUUCGCGGCGGACAUGGAAACUCUGUGCACGUCGCUUCUGGAGACUCAAAUCAUCCUUGACAAGGUACAGAGUAGUCAGAGCAACGACACCAAGUGGAAGACAUUGAUGCAGAAACUCAAGGAUGCUGCUUAUGAUGCUGAGGACUUGAUAGAUGAGUUCCAAUACCAUGUACUCAGGCAGAAGAUCAAAGGUGAAGAAGAGGACAAGGCAGCAAGUGGCUCCGGUGGCCUUCCAAACAUUUUUUCUGCUGCAAAAGAAAAGUUGUUUGGUUCUUCUCAUUCCUUGGAGGAAGAGGCCAUGAGAGCUAGCGUGGUGGAGAUUCAAGGAAGGCUGGAGAGAAUCGCUAACAGUAUGAAGAGCAUCAUGAAUGUGUUACCACCAAAUGAUAGAGGGAAGCAACCAGAUCAGAUGAAGUUUCAGACCAGAGAAUCAUGCUCUUCCCCGGUGACGGACAUAUUGUUUGGUAGAGAUAAAGAACUCAAUCAAGUGGUAGACUGGUUGUUGGGGUCAGCUAAUCAGGUGGAACCAGCAUCGGGAUUUCUCAAUGAUUCCUCAUCCGUCUUGCCCAUUGUCGGUAUAGGAGGGGCUGGAAAGACUACUCUUGCUCAGUAUGCCCACAAAGACAACAGAGUUCAGGAUCAUUUUCACCUCAAGAUUUGGGUCUGUGUGGCUAACAAUUUCACUGUACAGGGACUCGCUAAAUCUAUAAUAGAGUCAGUAACUCUACAAAAACAAGAUGAUAAUAUGGGGUUAGAACCUCUUCAAAAAAUACUCCAUCAACAUAUUACAAAAAAGAAGUUUCUGCUUGUUCUGGACGACGUGUGGAGCAAUAAUAAGAGUAUUUGGGAGAAAUUCUGUGCACUACUCAAAUUUGGAGCUCAUGGUAGCAAAAUCAUUGUUACAACUCGAGAUUUGAAAGUUUCUAAAAUGGUUAGCCUGGCAGAACCAAUCUCGCUCCAUGGUUUAGAUGAAGAUGUCUUUUGGCAAUUGUUCAAGAAAUGCUCAUUUGGCACACUCAACCCUGAAGACUAUCCGGAGCUAGAAGACAUUGGUAGAAAGAUUGCUCUCAAGUUGAAGGGCUCACCAUUAGCCGCAAAGACACUCGGCAGUGUUCUGCAAACAGACUUGUGCCAGCAACACUGGGCCACCGUAAUGGAGAGUGACAUAUGGAAAGUAAAACAAGAUGAAGAUGGCAUUAUGCCAGCCCUGCAUUUAAGUUAUCAAUAUCUUAAUGAAAAUAUGAAGCAGUGUUUUGCUGUUUGCUCGGUGUUCCCUAAAGACUACGUGUUUGAAGAAGCUGAGUUGGUUCAAAUGUGGAUGGCCAAAGGCUUCACCCAAAAUAAAAACGCAAAGAGGAUGGAAGAUAUUGGAAGCAACUAUUUUCUUGAGUUUAUCAACAGGACUUUUUUUCAAGAAUUCAAAUUUGGUGGAUUCGUGAUGCAUGAUCUUAUACAUGAUUUAGCCGAGAUGAUUUCUACGGAAGAGACAUGUAGGAUUGAAAAUAACAGACAAACAAAGAUGUUCUCCACUAUUCGGCAUCUACGAGUAGAAGGAAAAUUGCCGUUGGAGGUCUCUGGAUACGAUAAGUUGCGCACCUUGAUGUUGAAAAAAAAUUCACCUCCAGAUAGUCUCUUUGAAAAACUAAGAAGCAUUCGCGUUUUGAAUGUAAGUCAGUGUGGCUUGCAGGAGUUAUCUGAACAUAUUGGUAAAUUGAUUCACCUCCGUUACCUUGAUUUAUCAUUCAAUUAUGAAGUUAAAGUUUUGCCCGACUCAUUAUGCGACCUUUAUAAUUUGCAAACGCUGAAGACACGAAAGUGUAAUGCAAUAGAGUCUGUACCACAAGAAUUAUGUAAGCUGGUCAAUCUGAGACACAUUGAUGCAGAUGACGAGUUUUGGGUGAUGAUAAAGGAUGUACGGAGACUAACUAAUCUUCAAGAAUUGCCAACAUUUAGUGUUCAAGAGGACGAUGGACUCAAGCUUGCACAACUAAAGGAUUUGGCACAGCUUCAUGGAACACUUCAUAUUCAAAAUCUUGAGAAUGUGGUCGAUAGCAAAGAAGCACAGCAUGCUGAGUUAAAGAACAAAGUCCACCUAAAAGAAUUGGUGUUAGAAUGGAAUGAUGAGAAGGAUGCCAAGUUGGAAGAGGAAGUAAUUGAAGGUCUGCAGCCACACGAAUCACUUAAAAUAUUGAAAAUUGAAGGGUACAAUGGAGGUAGGUCGCCUAGUUGGUUGAUGCCAAAAGUUCUACCCAAUUUGGAAAAACUUGAAUUAGCAAUUUGCAAGGGAUGGGAUGACGUUCUGCCAUUUAUUGGUCAACGUUUGCAUCUGAUUGAACUUCGCAUGCACCGCAUGUCUGCUUUGAAACAACUGAGUCAUGAAUUUGAAGGCAAGUGUUUUCCAAAACUGAAAGUGCUUAAUUUAUGGAAUUUGCCGGCAUUGGAGGAGUGGUCUUGGACUGAGGGCAAACAUCUAUUUCCCUGCAUGCGUGAACUUCGCGUCUGCAGCUGUCCCAAACUAAAGAGAUUGCCUCCCUUCCCUCCUUCCCUAGAAAUAUUGACAAUAGAAGACUGUCCCGAGCUCAAAUUAAAUAGCAAAACAGAAAAUGACGAAGAAGGUGGCUGCCAUCUACUGCCCUCACUCAAGGAAUUGGACUUGAGCUACUGUGGCGAAUAUGCAAAACUUUUGCCCGACUGCUUGCACAGCCUUUGUUUAAUUACUAGAUUGGAAAUAAACCAUUGUCCACACAUAACGUCUAUUUCUCUGGUUCAAUUGGUAGAACUGCAAUCCUUGUACAUCUCUAACUGUGAUGAGUUGAGACGGAUGGAGUGCUUAGGAGUCCUUAAAUCCCUCGAGAAAUUGACGAUAAUAGGAUGUCCUAAGCUGGUUCAGUUGGAUGUAGAAGAUGAACAAGCAGCGAGCUUGUUGUCAUCUCUGCGUAAAUUAUGCGUGGACAACAUUGCUCUGCUUAAAAUGUUUCCUCUGAGAAACUCACUGUCAUUCAUCACAAAACUUAAAAUUGAAUCAUGUUCUGAGGAGAUGAUAUUUGAGGAGACGAUAUGGAUGCAAAACCUCACUGCUGUUACAUCUCUAUGCUUCCGUUUUUGUGAGAAACUACAAUCUCUGCCGAUAGAACUGCUGCAUAGCUUUCCCUUCCUUGAAGAAUUAAUGAUGUAUGGCUGUCCACAACUCCAAUCACUGCCAGAGAUCGGACUUUCUCCCUUUCUAAAAACAUUAGUUAUAUCUAAUUGUCCACGGAUUCAACCGAUGCCAGAGGAGGGGCUUCCCAAGUCACUAGAUGUUUUCCAUUGCUCAGGCAAUGUUCAUCCAACGCUGAUGAAGCAGUCUAAAAAGUUCUUCGCCGAUAGAUAUAGAUAGGAGAUCUUAAGAGCAAGGUUGGAAUUGGAAUGAGAAUCUGGACGGUUCAAUUAAUUAUCACAAGAAGGAUCUGGUUCUUCAAGGACAUGCUAUGCAUAAAAAAACGGUUGUGCCUGCGAUGGUAAAGUCCUAGUCUUUUUUUCAGACCGAGACCACCCAACACAAAUUUUCCUUCAAAUUCAACAUCAUCAUAUGCCCAAUAGAGGAUCGCACCGAGGUGCUCUCGUGUUUUCCUGUAACACCUUACUGUUGUGCCAAGCUUGGGGGAGGCUUUGUCGAAGCUUUUAGAAGGAUGCAGUAGGCAGAAAUUGAAGACAUCUAGAUAAUAGAAUGAGAUUCAAUGAAUUGUUCCCAAGCUUGGUCUCCCCUUCAAACCUGUAUGUGACGCUAUUAGACUUGUUUGAGAUUGUUCCAUCUCCUCACUCGACCAAGUCAAAUUCUCUUGGUCAAUUCAGUUAUAACUUUUAGAUUUCUUGCUUACUCAUUGGCAGUGUCGUCUAACAUAUCUAAGAGGUUAUAUCUGGUGUGUAAAUGACUUGCUUAUGCAUUGGCAGUGUCGUCUAACAUAUCUAAGAGGUCAUAUCUGGUGUGUAAAUGACAACACCUAAAGAUAUCCUAUCCGUUUGGACAAAUGUAUAAGCAAACAGAGAAAGGUGACCCUCUGAUUUAAGGAAGGAGUCCCUCGAGCAAUUGAAGAUCGUAGGAUGUCCUACGCUGGUUCAGUUGGAUGUAGAAGAUGAGCAAGUGGGGGGCUUGUCAUCUCUGUGUAAAUUAUGUGUGAACAACACUGCUCUGCUUAAAAUGUUUCCUCUGAGAAAUUCACUGUCAUUCAUCAAAGAACUUGAAAUUGAAUCAUGUUCUGAGGAGGUGAUAUUUGAGGAGGCCAUAUUGAUGCAAAGCCUCACUGCUGUUACAUCUCUAAGCUUCCGUUAUUGUAAGAAACUACAAUCACUGCCGACAGAGCUGCUGCAUAACUUUCCCUUCUUAGAAAGAUUGGAGAUGUGUGACUGUCCACAGCUCCAAUCACUGCCAGAGAUAGGACUUUCUCCCUUUCUCAAAACACUAGAAAUAUGGAACUGUCCACAGAUUCAAGCGAUGCCAGAGGAUGGGCUUCCCAUGUCACUAGAUGUUUUCCAUUGCAUUGGCAAAGUACAUCCAACGCUGCAGGAGCAGUCAGAAAAGUUCAAGGCGGAAAAAAAAGAUGAGGAGACUUAUGAAGGCAAGAUUGGAAUUGAAAUGAGAACUUGGACGGUUCCAUACUUCAAUUAAUAUUCAAGUGCUAGCUUCGUGAUAUGUUCUUAUGGUGAUAUAUGACUCUUUAGAAUCGCUUCCUACUAUGGGAGCAAAAUUUGCUUAUUGUGUUCAUCUGUGUGUAUUUCUUUAGUUUUCACUGAUCUGUGUGAAGUUGCUAAAUAAAUAUUAUGACAUAUUAAUUUGUCAUUUUGACAUUUGAAUAUAUUGUAACUAUUAUUAUCGAA